AUGACGGUUCGAGUAAUUCACCUUGAAAUUGUCCACACCCUAGAUACAGACUCCAUCCUAAAUCCAUUAAGACGAUUCAUCGCAAGAAGGGGAAAACCAAAACAGAUCACGUCUGACAAUGAGGGCAAUUUUGUAAAGGGUCAAAAGGACUUGCAAGAGGCGAUUCCUCAACGGAAUCAAGAGAUGGUUCAUGCAUUCCUUCUCCAGAAGAACAUGAGGUGGAUCUCCAGCCCAUCCUCUGCCUCACACCAUGGAGGAGUGUGGGAACGCUGUAUUCGCACAGUAUGUAAAGUUACGAAGGCUCUCCUUAAUAAGCAACCCUUGGAUGAAGAAAGUCUUGCCACAAUCUUGUGGGAAGUAGAGGCUAUUAUAAAUGGGCGCCCCCUAACUAAAGUGUCGGACGACCCCAGAGAUCCCGAGGCCUUGAUUCUGAACCAUCUUCUACUCCUCUGCUCGGGACCUGCCCGUCUUCCAGGUAUCUUCCCCAAAGAGGACUGCUAUUCACGACAGACGUGA